CAUGCGCCACUGGGCGAGUCUCGGCUGUCUCACUAACCCUCCUUUAUCCUCAAAAAAGGAGAGCGAAAGAGGGCAGACUCGGAGUUGGGCUCGGGCGGAGGGACCGCCAUUAUCGGGAGGCUUGGGCAACCACUUUCGCCCUCGCGCAGAAUGUACACAUCUUAGCAUUUCAAAGACACGCGUGGUCCAGAUUGCUCGUCAUUUGGCUACGAAAAACUGGAUGUUGGGUCUCAGUGUAAAGGGAUCGCUGCAUGCUGUCUGCACACGGCGAAAUCAGCGUUUUAUGGCCACAACAAAGGGCAUUAUAAUUGAUCAAAUCCAACGUGCUUAGGCCGGAGGAAGAAUUAAAAAUAAGCCUUUUUUUCAACACGGAAACGACUGGCCUCCAAGAAAGGACAUUUCUUUGUUUGGAUAUGUUAGCCGUCGCUGGAUUUCCACAGCCGUUUCUAUGCGAACGCGAGAUCAGUAAGUUGCGCCUGACAAAAAUAUCCCCUGGAAACUGCAAGUCUGUCAAGCCACUGUCAAAGAGCCCCCGGGGAAUCUAACGUCCUCUGCUUUUUACCUAGUCUUUUGUUUGCCUUUAUUUCUGGUUUCCAACAACAUUGGCCGAGCCGGUGGUAAGCCCUCUCGCGGUGGCCUGGCCGAGGAAAGAGGGAUUGAGCAGGGAGAGGGAGGACGGAGAAAGGCACUGGUUUGCCCCAAUUCCUGCUUCGUUUCAUCAGGCCCCUCUCUUAUCACCAAUUAGUCCCCUGUAAAAUAGGCAAAACAUGCAAGCAGUUUUCUUGACCUGAAGGGAUGACAAAAAAUCUGAACUAAGGCCUUGAUUUUAAAUCAAAUACAGAGCCCCUUGACUUUAACAUUUUAUGGACACAUUUUAAAAAGUCUGCCUCUGUCAGCCUUUGGGGCAUGGCAAGAUGAAUGCCUGUGUACGAUGAUGAUGGCUAAAAAGCAAGAAUCCCGGCUGCCAAUCUACAACCUUGUUGUUGUUGGCCUGUCGGGAACUGAGAAGGAGAAAGGGCAAUGUGGAGUUGGCAAAUCCUGCCUUUGUAAUCGCUUUGUUCGGCCUAGUGCGGAUGACUUCCAUCUCGAUCACACCUCUGUGCUAAGUACUAGUGACUUUGGUGGCCGGGUUGUCAACAAUGACCAUUUCCUGUUCUGGGGGGAGGUUGGGAGAGUUUUGGAGGAUGGUGCAGACUGCAGAAUGCAUGUGGUUGAGCAGACAGAAUUCAUUGAUGACCAGACGUUCCAGCCCCAUCGUAGCACAGCCUUAUUGCCCUACAUCAAAAGAGCUGCCUCCACCAAACUGGCUUCUGCGGAAAAACUCAUGUACUUCUGCACUGAUCAGUUGGGCCUGGAGCAGGACUUCGAACAAAAGCAAAUGCCCGAAGGCAAGUUGCAGGUCGAUGGCUUUCUGCUUUGUGUUGAUGUCAGUCGUGGUAUGAACCGCAACUUUGAUGAUCAAAUGAAAUUUGUCACCAACUUGUACAAUCACUUAAGCAAGACAAAAAAGCCUAUUGUGCUGGUUCUCACUAAGUGUGAUGAGGGUGUGGAGCGAUACAUCAAGGAUUCUCAUACCUUUGCCAUUACAAAAAAGAACCUGCAAGUUGUUGAGACUUCAGCACGGUCCAAUAUCAAUGUUGACUUGGCUUUUCUUACCUUGAUCCAACUCAUUGAUAAGGGAAGAGGUAAGCCUAAGAUCAUACCUUACUUUGAGGCAUUGAAACACCAGAGUCAACUGAUAGCCUCUGCAAAAGACCGCUAUGAAUGGUUGGUGAACCACAUUGUGAAGAAUCACAAUGAAACUUGGCCAAACAUCAGCAGACGUAUGCAGACGUUACCUGAAUAUAAGGAAUAUGUGUUUUUAGAAGGUACAGGUAAAGCUAAGAAGUUAUUUCAGCAGCACAUUCACAGACUUAAACAAGAGCAUACUGAAAGACGUCGUAAAGCAUACUUGAGUGCACUUCCACUUGCCUUAAGUAGCUUGGUGUCGGAGUUGGAUGAAAUCGAGCAUUUAAGCUGGUCUGGGGUCCAGAAAGUGCUCGAGUCUAAAAAAGACUUUGAUCAUUGGUUUGUGGUACUUGACGAUGCACCAUGGGAAGACACACCACAUCUUGACAAUAUGGAGGAUGACCGUAUCCCUUUUGAUGUCCUAGACACCACGGCUGCUGAAAUCCUCUUUGAUGCACACCUUGAACACUUGCGCAAUGAAUGCAAGCGUGCCCAGAUGCGUCAUGAGUUCAAAGGAAAAUUAGCAUCUUCACCUUUCGUUACUCCAGGCAAGCCCUGGGAGGAGGCUCGAAGCUUCAUCAUGAAUGAAGACUUCUACCAGUGGCUUGAGGAGCCAGAAUAUUUGGACAUUUAUAAUCGUCACCAGAAAGCAAUCAUUGACAGGGCAAAAGAAGAUUUUCAGGAGCUUCUGCUGGAGUACUCUGAACUCUUCUACGAACUUGAGGUGGAUGCCAAACCUAGUAAAGAGAAAAUGGGAGCAAUUCAAGAAGUGUUAGGUGAAGAACAACGCUUCAAGGCACUUCAGAAAUUGCAAGCUGAAAGGGAUGCUUUAGUGCUGAAACACAUCCAUUUUGUUUAUCACCCUACAAAGGAAACAUGCCCAAACUGCCCACACUGUGUUGACAGCAAAAUUGAACAAAUUCUAGCUUCAUGCUUCCCUGCACAAUAUCCUUCCUUUGGAAAGUCGCAUAUAACUGAUGCAAAGGUAGAUAGGAUCAAUCUUGUUAUACUGGGCAAAGAUGGUCUUGCUAGAGAAUUAGCCAAUGAAAUUCGGGCACUGUGUACUAAUGAUGAUCAUUAUGUGCUUGAAGGAAGAAUGUAUGAGCUUGUCCUUCGGCCAAUUGAGGGCAAUGUUAGACUUCCUGUUAAUUCGUUUCAUACAUCCACCUUUACUCCCCAUGGAUGUCUGUGUUUGUACAAUUCAAAAGAGUCCUUGUCCUAUGUUGUAGAAAGCAUUGAGAAGUUGCGAGAGUCCACGCUUGGCAGAAGGGACAGCCAAAUGGCUCAGCUUCCGCUGUCCCUCUUAUUAGUAACCAAAAGAGGUGUUGGAGGACUGGGUGAUAUCGGUGGUGAGACUGCUCAAGCGUUAAUCUCACAGGGUCAGCAAAUAGCCAUAAAACUGCAAUCUAACUACCUGGAACCUUCCUCCCCAGGCACUGGUUAUGGGCGAAAUGUGAAUGAAAAGCAGAUAAACCAGGUUUUGAAAGCUCUACUUGAAACAAGGAGGACUUCUACAUUUCGUAGCUGUUCUCCACCUGCACCUCCACUGCCUCCAUGUAUUCGAGACUUACAGCAAGACCAGAGCCCAGAGGCUGAUUUGCGUAUCGUCAUGUGCCUAAUGUGUGGAGACUCUUAUGACAUUGAUCAACUUCUUGCACCAUUCCUGCUGCCUCAGCAUUGCAGGCCAACUUCUCCCCAGACAAGUGGCACUUCAGUGCUGCUAGAACAAACAAUUGGUGGCCACAAGCUUACGAUUGAGCUUUCUCUACUGUCAUACCACGCUUCUUUUGCUACUCGAAAGAGUCGACUGGUGCAUGGCUACAUAGCUGUGUAUUCUGCUAGCCGCAAGGCAUCUUUUGAAACCCUGUGUGCCUUUUUGUGUGAGGUUCAGGACAUCAUCCCGGUUCAGAUGCUUGCAGUGGGGGAAACACAGAUUGAGCUUCAGGACUCCGAGUCUGCUCAUGAAUUAUUAGUCCAAGGUGAAGAGCUGGCACAUGAACUUGAAGGACGAUUUGGCAGUAUUGUCUGUGGUCAUGGUGGCGUUGUUGGAGGACUACACAAACUAGACCUAUUAGAACAAUUUUUCACUGAAGUAUUAGAAAAGAAAACCAUAGUUGAAGCCAGCCAUAUGUAUGAAAGCAUGGCAGAAGCCAGUAGCACAAAUGAGAAUGUGUAUUCGCCACACUGUGGCUCCCCAAGCCCUGUCACAAUGCUGUUAGAUUCUGAGGAAGACAUGGAAGCUUCCCCGCCUUACCAUGAUGGCACACUUACCUCUCACAGUGGAUUCAAACUGCCUGACCUGGACUCAGGUGACACAUUCUCUGUGAUCUCUGACCUUAGCACCUUUGAGAACAAACUAAAUAAUAAAGUUCUGCCGCAAGUGAGACCCAAACCUAGUGUCACAUUUGAUCUUAGAAAGCCAAGUUUUAACCCCUAUGUGGAUGGAGUCAGCCAUCGCCGUUCCCUUACAUCCAAUGUGACGUGGCCUCUAGGAGGAGACUAUGAUCCUUCAGACUAUGCUGAGCCAAUGGAUGCUGUUUCUAAGCCACGUCCCAGCUAUGAAGACAGCAUAUAUUCUGUGCCUCAUGACAGCACACAAGGUAAAAUUAUUACCAUACGCAAUUCAAAUCGAAUCCACUCCAAUGGAGGAGGAAAUGGUUCAGACAGUGAAGGGGAUGGCAGCUCAUUGGAGAGACGUCGCAAGUUUUCAGCAGCAAGGGUGAAGCCACGGCUUUACCGUGAUCGUUCCAAACGUCUAGGGAAGUUCAGCAGUUUCCGCACUAGUUUCUCUAUUGGUAGCGACGAUGAGAUUGGCACACUCUCAAGGUCAAAAGAGGAGGAUGUUUCAGCACUGAAGACAGAUAUAACCAAUGAAGAAGGAGAAGAUCCCAAAAAAAGAAACAUCCUGAAAAGUCUCCGCAGACCAGGCAAAAAAGCAAGACCAAAGCCUCGUCAUUCUAUCUCUAAGCCUUUGGAGAGUAACUACUUUGGAGUGCCUCUGGUCAAUGUUGUUUCCUUCGAACGACCUAUUCCAGUUUUCAUUGACAAGUGUAUUCGUUAUAUUGAAGCCACAGGUUUAACAACAGAGGGUAUCUACAGGGUAAGUGGGAAUAAGGCGGAGAUAGAGGGCAUGCAGAGGCAGUUUGAACAGGACCACAAUCUGGACUUUGUGGAGAAGGACUUCACUGUGAACACAGUUGCCGGGGCAAUGAAAAGUUUCUUCUCUGAGCUGCCUGAUCCUCUGGUUCCUUACAGCUCACAGGAGGAGCUGGUGGAAGCUUUCAAAAUUAAUGAUCGAGAACAGAGACUUCACACAAUGAAGGACGUGUUAAGACGAUUUCCCAGGGAGAAUUUUGAUGUCUUCAAGUAUGUAAUGAGCCAUCUAAACAAGGUUGGUCAAUGGAACAGAGUCAACUUAAUGACCAGUGAGAAUCUCUCCAUCUGUUUCUGGCCGACACUGAUGCGGCCAGACUUCACUUCUAUGGAUGCCCUGACCGCCACACGCACCUACCAGACAAUCAUCGAGACGUUUAUCCAUCAAUGUGCUUUCUUCUUUUACAACCAGCCUCCUGCUGAAUCGCCCACUGGCCUAUUCGGCCAACCUGGACCACUGGUGCCCUCCGGAUUGCCCCCAUCCCCCACAGCUGCCCCUUCUUAUUGCCCUUCGACCCCACAUUUUACCCCUCUUCUUCAGUCCCCACCACAUUCUCCCCCUCAGAGCCCACACUCCGCCCCUGCGGAACCACAAACACUGUGAGAUGGGGACAAUAAAUGAUGUGGCCCGUUAUUUAACCAUACAUACACUGACACUUCAAUGCAUGCUUACACAUCUACAUACAUGCGCACACACACAGACAUAUCUAAAUGCCUCUAAAACAUGUAGCUUGUUUAGGUCAGUGUUGUUUGUAAAAAAAGUUGAGCUCUCAGUACUUGCUGUACAUCAGGGAUGCUCAAGACCUUUCUGCUGCAUUUGGUUCCAACCUUCUCUGAAAAACGUCUGUAAUUUUUAAUGUACCCCAAAACCUCUGUUUCGGAUGUGUUUGAUUAGUAUUUAAACUCUUUAUAGGACUGCAGUUAUUAACACAUAUCACACACCAGGCAAAGGUCUGUGCGCUUAUAAAGUCUUGAACAUUGUAACCAACAAAGACUCCAAUCACCAAGUCAGCUCUGCCUUCCAUGUCGUUUAUUACAGAAGGGGGGACGCCGGUGUCAUUUCAUGAGAGCAAAUAUACAGUAGUUGUUCUAAUCAAGAAGGAUAGGAAUCGUUUUGAAGGAUCUUCUCUUCCUCUCAGUAGAAGGUGAUCAAUUUUAAAUCAAGUUUCUUUCUAGUGUCAUCUCUAUUUGGAUCUAUUAGGACACUAUAGUCAUAAAAACCCAUGAAGCACUUAUACGUUCAGCCUUUCAUCAUUUUGGGAGAAUAAUAGAAUAACCUCUUCCUUAUUUUCUUUAUUUUAAGAAGAUGAAUGAAAUCGCUUUAACUGCAACCAUAUUCACCACUUUGCCUGGCUGUUGUUCCACUUUACUGUACGCCAUGCCUCUGUAUGUUAAGUUACAAACACUAAGUAUCCAGUGGAUUUUGGAAGAUGUUUGUUGUGAAUUGCUAGCUUUGAAGACUUGAAGUUCUGACAGUUCUGAUUGGCUAGAAGGUGAUGUCGAUGAGGAUUUGCUUUGCUGAAAGUCUCCUGUGGAUCCCAGCUCAUAAAUUCACCUAAUGGGAGUGUGCGUGCCCUUUCUUUGAAGGCUGGGAUUUAAAUGGCAGCGGUAUCACGUGGUUUUAGGGAAUGCACUUCCAGUUAGCGCUGGUGAAGGGCUCAAGAUCACUGAGACUGCAGAUUUACUCUGACCCUUAAACUCUUUUGAGUCAGCAGCUCAAAACCCUCACACCUUAAUUUUGGACUCAUGGUAUAAAAAAAAAUCAAGAUUUUGGCAUUUUUUUUCUGAUGCCCAGUCUGACUGUUUAAAAAAAAAAGUCAUUGUUUUUACUUUAUCUAAAGCACUUUUCGUCUUUUUAUAUAGACCUGUGAACGCUGACACUGACUGAUGAUUGGUUUUGUUUUUUUUGUUUUUUCCAUGUUUAAAAGAUCAAUGGACUUGAAGUUGAAUGUGGAGCAGUCACACGGAUUAAGCCUAAUCUUGGUCAAAAGUUCACUCUUGAUGAUUCUGCAUUCAUUAGCUUGUCUUUUGUCUACUGUUAUGCUUUUAGAUCUCUUGUACAGCCGGAACGUAAAUCACAAUUUUCCCUUUUGUCAUCUGCAUUUAACUGAAUGGGAAUGACUCAGUUCAUCUCUUUUCUCCAUCUCAAGCUGUCUAAAAUCCUUCUGGACAAAUCCCUAAUGUAUAAAGAUGCGAUUGAUUGAGUGUAGAUUGUAUGUAUAUUACCAUAAUACCUUUAUUUUAUUUUUUUCUCUUAAACCGCAAAGUUUCUGCUGUGAAGGAAAUUAUUCCUAAGCAUAUUUUUGCUUGAAAUGUCACUUCCUAUUUCUAUCCAGCCAAGGUAGAAAAGCUGAAGUACCAAAGUAGUGCAAUGUGGUUGAAGAGGGUUCAACACCAGUUGUAAAUAUUUUGAUAACGGGUUGGGAAUGAGUUAUGUCGGAUUCAACAAAUAGUAUUUGAAAAAUAGCCCAAAUGGUGAAACUUUGAAGAUUUGAACAUGCUUUCGUUCGUGAUCCUUUUCGUUCUGCAUAUCUGCUGCUUUUCUACCAGGCUGAGAAAGACUGAAAGAAUCCCAACGUUACUUGAAAAAUGCUAUUUUCCUUUCAAUAUUGAGAUUCAGCUUGAAAUUUCUAGGAUUAGCAACUCAUUUCAGCUGUGUGUGUGUGUGUGUGUAAGAAUGCAAGCUAAUGUGAUUAGUCAUGAAAUGGAUGGGUAACUGUGAAGAUGGUUAUCAUAAUGGUUAAAAGAAUUGAGGCUAUUCAAGUGUGCCACAAAAUGUUCUAUUAAGUAGAAGUGUUUGUAGAAGUAGAGCUUCUUUGGAUUUGUAAUUUUGCUUUUGAUCUAAAGUACUGAGUACUUGCUCAUUCUCUGUCUGCUGUUGCAUUGUGUUAAGCCCAGAAUGUAGAAAAAUUUGAAGUCAUUUAAACAAAUGAAGUGUGUGCUGUUGCACCUCACCAAACCUGACCUGCUGGGUUUACUUACCUGGAAUAAACGAACGUGCCCUAUAAACUGUUAAACUGAGAUUUAGUCAAAAUUCUGGAUUACAUGUGACUGCUGUCGACAUCCUGAUCUGCUGAUUAUAGGAAUGAUUCACCAAAAAUAAUAAUAAUGUGCUGUUAUCUUACUCACCCUCACCAUCCAUCCAAGAUGAAGAUGAGUUUUCUUAAAGAAACACUCCAAUUUUAAGAAACGGGCUUAUUUUACAACUAGAUAAGUUAAGGUUUACCAUUUUUGAAUCUAUUGAUUCAGAAUAUCUCCAGGUCAGGCAGAUACACUUUAAGUUUAGCUCUUCAUAAAUCAGGGAAUCAUAUUAGACCAGGGGUGUCCAAACUCGGUCCAGGAGGGCUGGUGUCCUGGAGAAUGCAUCUCCAACACACCUGCCAGGAAGUUUCUAGUAUAUCUAAUAAGAGUUGAUUAGCUAGUUCAGGUGUGUUUGAUUAGGGUUGUAGAUAAACUCUCCAGGACACCAGCCCUCCAGGACCGAGUUUAGACACCCCUGUAUUAGACCGUUAGCAUCUUGUUAAACAAUUUUUUUUAAUUGUUAUCGAGGUAAAGUUGUUUUUAUAUUCACAUGUUCAUUAAUUUUAGUGGCCUUCAUAUUGUUGAGCACACUACUUAGAAAAUUCGGUCUGAAAUCGCAUGUAAUUGACAUCAAAUCAACAGUAGCACUAUUUAAUUGACUGAGGACAGUGUUGUACUUUGAUAGUCUCUGGCUGCUAAUUUGUUUCCCUGCUCAGAAUUUGCAAAUAGUACUUUUUGAAAUUAUAUUAGUAAUGAGAAGUCAAAAUGUGCAAAUGUAAAAGCAACUUUACCUCAAAAAAAAUAAGUGUUUUGAUCGUUUUCUUGUUUAGAGCUUAACCGUUCUGUAGUUACAUCAUGUACUAAAACCUAUGGAAAACAAAGUUUCUAGUGUGAUAUCGCUAGGAACUUUACUCUCAUUCCAGUGUAAUAAUCAAGAAACUUUACUGUACUAUACCUGCAGCAGGCGCAAUGAUAUUACGAGAUGCUGUUACAGGGGCUAUUUGCAGCCUCUGCCUAAUAUCGUUGUGCCUGCCGCAGCAAAGUUUAUUAAUUAUUACACCGGAAUGAGAGUAUAGUUCCUCGACAUACACUGUAAAAGUGCUGGGUCCCACACAAUCGAUUUGUGUAGAGACAACAUGAAGGAAUUAAGUUAACUUAUUAGUUUUUACCAAUUUAGGUGGAUUGAACAUAGUCAAGUUGUGCCCCAAAAAAUCUCAAGAUAUUUGUUGUUUUAGCUCAUUUUAAAUAAGUAGUUGAAACUAGGGCUGCACAAUAUAUCGUUUCAGCAUCGAUAUCGCAAUGUGAACAUUCGCAAUAGUCACAUCGGAGGAUAUGCAAUGUUAAGUUUGUAUCACAAUUUAUCAUUUGUAUGUUUUGAUGCCUGUGAUUGUAUAAUGACUUUAAAAGCAUUCAGGAAUAGAAAAUUGUACCAUUUGUGACCUUAAUUACGAUUAAUUUGAUUGAAUUAUUGUUAUUUUUAUCAUUCAGUUACUGUACUUGAAUACUGUUAGACUCGGGAAACGAUGAAACACUUUUUUUAAUUGUAUCUUUUUCUUGAUUGCAUUUAUAGAUUGUUAUGCAUGAAAAUACUCACAAUACAUACACUGCAAAUUAGGGUUGACGCAAUACCAUUAAUUCAUCUUACGAUACUAUACCACCCGAAGUAUCACGAUACCAAGUAGUAUUGCGAUACUGUAUUGCAAUACUGUAAUUCAUAACUCAAAUUAUUAGAAAAUUGGCAGAAAUACUAUAUUUUACAUGUUAUAAUAGGUAAUUCAUAACUCCCUUAUUAUUGAAGAAAGUACUAUUUGCACAUCACUUCACCUAAAAUGUAUUAUUUCUUUUUGUUUAUUUUGUAGAUAACUGACCAACAACAACAAAAAAAUACAUUAAAAUAAAGAUACAAAUUAUACUAAAUGAAAUUCGUUACAAAAUAGCAUUUUCAACAUAAUUAAGCUAUAUGAAGUGAACAUUAAAAUAGUUUCUUUUGAAUUUAUCGUGUAAAGUUUUUAAAAAAUUUUCAGUCUUAUAAGGUAACAAUCCAAAGUGAUUCAAAAUUUCACUUUGUGAGUCGUUCUUUUUAGGAGAUCGUUGUGAUUGUUGUAGCUACUAAAUCAUAUUAAGAUGAACAGAAAUGAACCAAUUCAGAUGUGUGUUUGAAACAUUAGAAAUUGGCAUGAGCCGGUCUUAGAUUCUGAUGGUAUGACAACCGUGGAUAUAAAUAUCACAGUAUUUUGAUUACUACUUGAAAUAUAUAUUUUGUAAAUGUCUGAGUAAAACAAAACCUUUUCCCCUUUGUACACAAUAUAUUUUAGUUGGGAAACACUUAAUAUUCUGGAACAGUAAAUAUGUCAGGCUGAAUGAUUCAAAUGAAUUAUUGACUUCUGCUGUCUUAAUUUGUUUCAAAACACAGAUUUCUUUACAAUUUAAAACAGCAGCUUUGGAUAUGUUUUCUGCUGGAGAUACUGUCCUCAUAAAAACUAAAAAAAAGAUGUGUAUUAAAAAAAAUCUUACUCAUACUUUAGGAAGGGUAUAGCAGAAAAUUUGGACUGUUUUAAAACCUUGACCACGGUAUACCUUGAACACGGUUAUCGUCCUAUGCCUAGUCAGAAAGCAUCAGAAAACUAGCAACGUUAAAGGGCAUUUUAGUGACUUAUUCACAUCCAACAUUUUCUGUAGUAGAUAGACCGUUAAUGACGAUACUACUGUUUACAAACUACAGUGGCACCGCCAGUAUUUUGGAGCCAUAUGAUCGCGAUACUACCAUAGUACCAGUAAACCAUGCAACCCUACUCCAGAUAGCACAGACCACAACGAAUAAUCCCAAUCGAUCUAACAUUAUAAAUGCUUUCCAAAUAGAGAUGUCAUCUGGUGAAAUUGUAUUCAUAUCGCAAUAUAUAUCACAAAAUAAAAAUAUGUUCGAGUGCAGCACAAGUUGAAACAAAUGGCAAACAUUUUUUUUUGAGUGCAGCCUAGAAAAUGACAACUUUCAUUAUACAUCUGCCUUAGUAUAUGACAACUAAGAUAUACUAUAAGAUGUUUUUGCUAAAACUGUGGUCCUUGGUUGAUAAAAUGCAAGGCAAUGCCUUCCAGCAAUUUCAGUCAAAUAGAUAAAUUAAUAAUUAGCAUCUGUUUUUCCUGAUAAUGCAUUUGAUUAAGGUCUUGUGAAGUGAAAAAAUCUGUGCAAUAAAGUGAACAUUAUGACAAUAUUUUUUACCUUAAA